AUUAGAAGAAGAAAAGCUCUCGACGAACACUUGAGACUCAAAAUGAGGAUGAAGGCUGCUACCAUUAUCUUGAUUCUGCCUCUUCUUUCGUUCUUGGCUUUUGCGGGGAAGGUCGCCGAUGUCAAAACCUUGCAGAUUGGUGUCAAGUAUAAGCCAAAGACUUGUGAACUUAAGGCUCGCAAAGGUGAUAAAGUCAGGGUACACUACCGGGGAAAACUCACUGAUGGAACCGUCUUUGAUUCUAGUUUUGAAAGGGGUGAUCCAAUUGCUUUUGAGCUUGGAGUUGGUCAAGUUAUAAAAGGAUGGGACCAAGGAAUUUCGGGAAUGUGCGUUGGCGAGAAGCGGAAGUUGAAAAUACCUGCACAUAUGGGCUAUGGGGAUCAGGGUUCUCCACCAACUAUUCCAGGUGGUGCCACACUGAUCUUCGACACUGAACUCGUUGAGAUUUUGGGGAGAGAUUCAGACAAAGAUGCGGAGCUGUAGUGGAAUAAUUCCUGGCUAGAGCUUCCGUUUUGGUUUUUCAUAUUUAGCGUUCCUAAUGAAAUUCCUCAGCAACCGGUGACUUGGAGAGGCAAAAUGUUUUUUUGCUUUAUAGUCAAUAUCAGACUACGCUGCAUUUUUUAAUCUAAGAUUGUAAGUUAGUGUUACAAAUGGCUCCUCUAUUUCUAUUUGUUUACUUUUUCCGUCACUUUGCAUCGCCUCCGGAGAACUUCAUUUUUCAGAUAUUACUAUCACAGCUGAAGGUUGAGAAAUAUCAAACAUGUUCUCUUAGCUCAUGCCUCAUAGUAACCGGAUACCUGUUGGUUUGUUGGGU